AUGGAAGAAGACGGAUUCGUGCUCGUGUCAAGACCUGGCGACGACUCUGAGGAGUGCAAAACUUGGUGCGAGUACCUGCCCGAAAUCGACCAUUUCAUCCGUGGUUUGGAGCCUCUUCUGUGGUCCCUCAACAGCUUCAUCCACGACAACCCCGAGCUCGCCUACAGGGAGUACAAGGCUCACGAUGCCCUGACCAACUUCAUGCAGUUCCAAGAGGGAUGGAACGUCACUCGCUCGGCUCAUGGGCUGGAAACGGCGUGGGUGGCCGUCCAUGACAGCGGUCGGCCUGGCCCUACCGUUGCGUUCAACGCGGAGAUGGAUGCGCUUCCCGACCUAGGCCACGCAUGCGGACAUAAUCUCAUCGCCAUGGUGUCCCUGGCCGCCGGCCUCGCCGCUGCCGAAAUGCUGCGCCGCCACCGCCUCGCCGGCAAGAUCAUGAUUGUUGGCACGCCCGCCGAGGAAGGCGGCGCUGGCGGCAAGAUCAAAUGCCUCGAGGCGGGCGCCUACGCAGACGUCGACGUCUCGCUCAUAUCUCACCCCGGAAUCCUGCACAACAGCCCGCUGGUCCGGACAACAGCCUUUACGCACCUCAACGUCGCCUACCACGGGCGUGCCGCGCACGCCGCCAACAGCCCGUGGUUGGGCAUCAACGCGCUGGACGCCCUCGUCGUAGCGUACAACGCCGUGUCGGUGCUGCGCCAGCAGACGAGGCCCGACGACGUUUUAGGCCUGCAAAUCACAGACGGCGGGGACAAACCCAACGUCAUCCACGAGCACGCCGCCGGCGUUGCUGUGCUUCGCGCCGCCACCGCGUCCCGGCUGGAAGAGCUGCAGCGGAAGGUGGAGGCAUGUUUCCGCGCGGGGGCCGAAGCCACGGGGGCGAGGGUCGAGAUCGAGGUUGUGCCCGGCUACAAGGAUCAUGUCCCCAACCGCGCGCUCGCGGCAUCCUACAGGAGGUACUGGGAGGCCCUGCCUGGUGCGCCUGAUCCGCAGCUGCCACCGCCAGGGCAGUUCACGUGGGUCAAGGCCAGUACAGACCAGGGCAAUUUGAGUCAUGCUCUGCCCAGUAUGAACGUCAGCUUCGCCAUUCCUCCCGGGCCUGAAGCCCGACCGCCACAUAGUCCUGAUUUCGAGAAGGCGUCCGGGACAAGGGGAGCGUUUGCUCGGGCCAUGCGGGUUGCCAAGGCAAUGGCCGGGACGGCAGUUGACGUAUGCGCAAUGCCGGGUCUGUUGCAAGAGAUAAAGGAGCAAUGGAAGCGCGAUGUGGGUGAGCAAAACGGAUAUUGA